AGUUCCCCAAAGAUAACACAGCUUUGCGCAGUGGGUGUUUACUUGCUGGUGGUCUUAUCUAGGAUCAACACUGGCAGGUCUGCCUGGAGAGGCCUCCAGGGUCCAGGUCCAAUGCACUUCCCUCUCAGAAGAGGCAUCCGCUAAAAGGGACCAAAGCUGCUGGGGGAAGGCAAGGCAAGGCAAACUCCCAUGAGAAAAAACGCCAGGCCAGGCAGUCAUGUCACAGCACCUGGCAGAAAGGACGGAAGCGCAGCCACUGGCUGAAGUUAUCCCCACACCCGCUGUCUGGAGAAGAUGAUCAGGAGCAGUCUGCUCAACCCGAAGGUAGGACUCUCCUCCUCGGGAAGGUGUAGGAUCACCAGCCUGGCUCCCCGCGGGCUCCCAGGGCUCACAGAGGCCAGAGCAGCAACAGCACAUGGGAAACAACGGGGCGCCAGACUGGGGAGAUCUCAGAGCUCUCCUAGUGACGACAGCCUCAUUUUACACAGGGAGAAAGGGCGAGUAAGCUAAGGUCACACAGCAACAAAGCCGCACCCAGACCCCAGAGCCACUCUCCUCCCUCCCUCCUCCACCAGGGCCAUGCCCACUUGGGGCACCCUGCCACCCUGUGUUCAGGGACAGCUGGAGCACAUGCUUCACCCCUCGCCAACCCAGCAAUCCCGCAGGGCAUCUGACCUCCACUGUUGACUUCUACCCAGAGGACAUGAACAUUUUUAGUUCCCAAGGAAUGUACAUUGUACAUCAGCCCCACGGAAGCUAGGCCACCUCUGAGAUGGGGUUGCUGGUUUAAAACAAACACCAGCCUUCCUAUAUAAGGACCCGACAGCCACCAGGCACCACCUCCGCCAGGAAUUGCAGGUCCACCUGUCUGCAACCCAGCUGAGGCCAUGCCCUCCCCAGGGAAUGUCUGCAGCCUCCUGCUCCUCGGCUUGCUCUGGCUGGACUUGGCCAUGGCAGGCUCCAGCUUCCUGAGCCCUGACCACCAGAGAGUCCAGAGAAAAGAGUCCAAGAAGCCACCAGCCAAGCUGCAGCCCCGAGCUCUAGGAGGCUGGCUCCGCCCGGAAGAUGGAGAUCAGGCAGAGGAUGAACUGGAAAUCCAGUUCAACGCCCCCUUUGAUGUUGGAAUCAAGCUGUCAGGGGUUCAGUACCAGCAGCACAGCCAGGCCCUGGGGAAGUUUCUUCAGGACAUCCUCUGGGAAGAGGCCAAAGAGGCCCCAGCUGACAAGUGAUUGCCCACAAGCCUCACUCACCUCUCUCUUCCUCCCAAGCCUAGAAGCGCUCAUCUGGCCUUUCACUUGCUUCUGCCGCAACUCCCACGACUGUUGUACAAGCUCAGGAGGUGAAUAAAUGUUCAAACUGUAGGCUGAUGUUCCAAAUGGGAAUUUAUUUCAAAGAGGAAAAGUUAACAUUUCACUUUAAAAAAAUCAAAAUAAUAAAAAU